CGUAUAUUUUAACUAUAAUUCCGCGGUCACACUGCUCUAGUGCUCACGUUCUCCACUUUGUGCUUAAAAAUAUUUAAGAAAAAAUUGGCAAAAUCUCGAGCAAGUACCACGAUGAGCGAGGAAUUCAAACUGCCCAAGCGCUCCCGCAAACGCACCCGCGACGUUAAGCGCAAGGCCAGGCCAGAGCUGGACGGAGAAAACGCGUGGAUGGCGAUGCGGUACUAUGAAAACUUCGAGCCAUUCUGGGAUUUCGCAGAUAAUCUGGAACGAAUUGAUGAUGCGGCGGUGUCGUGUGACGAAUUCAUAGAACGCUUUGAGCGGCCCUACAAGCCGGUGGUGAUACAGGGAUGCACUGAUGGCUGGAUGGCUCUGGAGAAGUGGACGAUGUCGCGGCUGGCCAAGAAGUACAGGAACCAGAAGUUCAAGUGCGGCGAGGACAACGAAGGCUACAGCGUCAAAAUGAAGAUGAAAUACUACGUCGAAUACAUGCAAGGGACGCGCGACGACAGUCCGCUCUACAUCUUCGACAGCAGCUUUGGGGAGCACCAUCGCAGGAAGAAGCUGCUCGACGACUACGUGGUGCCAAAGUACUUCCGAGAUGAUCUUUUCCAGUACUGCGGUGAGAAUCGUAGGCCGCCCUACCGAUGGUUUGUGAUGGGUCCCUCCCGCUCCGGCACUGGCAUCCACAUCGAUCCACUGGGAACCAGCGCUUGGAAUACGCUCAUUCGUGGUCACAAGCGAUGGUGCCUGUUCCCCACACAAACGCCCAAGGACUUGCUCAAGGUGACCAGCGCCAUGGGCGGCAAACAGCGUGACGAGGCCAUCACGUGGUUCAGCACCAUCUACCCGCGCACCAAGCUACCCUCCUGGCCGGAGCAAUACAAGCCCAUCGAGGUGCUGCAGGGCGAGGGCGACACUGUAUUCGUGCCGGGCGGCUGGUGGCAUGUGGUCCUCAAUCUGGACGACACCAUUGCAAUCACCCAGAACUUCAGCUCGAAGACCAACUUCCCGUGUGUCUGGCACAAGACCGUUCGGGGCCGGCCCAAGCUGUCGCGGAAGUGGUUGCGUGUGCUGCGCGAGCAGCGCCCAGAGCUAGCGCAAAUCGCCGAAAGUAUUAAUAUAAACGAGAGCACCGGCUUUGCUUCGGAUAGUUCUAGUAAUUCAAGCUCCUCCUCGUCGUCGUCAUCCUCAUCGUCGUCGGAGAGCGACGCAGAAGCCGACUCCAAUACGGACAGCGGACAAGAGAGUCUCACCGCCAAAAAGAAGAAGAAGCGACGCAUGGGCGGUGGCGGCUCCUCCAUGGGCUCCAUGCGCUCCUGAUGCACGGAGCGGGCCAAGCGCAAAUGCUUGCUCAUGCGCCUCUUUCACCGGCAGCUGAUGCUCUGUCGGCGGCGUCCAUGCUGCCGUCGCAGCUAGCACUAGAUGAUCAUCCAUCACCUGCAGCCCCAAUCAACACUUGAAUAUUUUAUUCUAUUUUUCUACAUAGACAAAACGAACAACAGUCCCGCAGGCAAGGGCGCCACAGCCCGUGACAUCUUUGAUUAAGCGUGCCUCCCUUUCGCUUGAUUUAAAUAUUGUAUGUGUAUGCUAUUAAUUGACUCAUUAGCUUAAUCCUUAAAAGUGGCAUGAAAUAAACUCAGUAAUAUAUUUGUAAAAAAGUCUUCAGUAUUUAAUGGGGAAAGGAAUCCAUUCUCCAAACUAUUUUCCAAGUAAUAGCUCCACUUUUUAUUAUUUUUACAAAAUUACUUUUCUCCGCUUUAUUUAGAAUUAUAUUAUUUUUUUUUGCGAUGCAUAAAAAAGAAACAAAAGUACAUCGAUGGACAAGCAACUUACAAGAUUUUUUUAGCUAAAUAAUAAGGGAGGGAGGGACCAUUGAAGUUGUAGUAUAAUGUUUAUGCAGGCAGUCUCUAAACUAAAUGGAAUUUAAAAUUUUUGGGGACAUUAUACAAGUAAAAGUGUGGUUGAAAUAAAAGGUAAAUGAUAGCUAAAUUUUAUUUAUGGAACAGCGUCGCUGAAAGCACUUGCUCUUAAAUAAAUCACCUUUAAUUUGC